AUGGAAGAAAUGACUCUCGCCGAACUAGUUGCAAAUAUCAGCAAAUAUGAUCUCGCCCAAACACUUCACAAAAUGCCAAUCAUCAAAGCAAAUAGCGACGCAGUCGCGAUGGAUCUCCAGAUAAUCAGGAGAAUCAUUCUUGAUAUCGAAGAGCAAGCUCGAUGUUGCAUCGAAAACUAUCAGCGAGCUUCUCAGAAGAAAAAGCAGAUAUUGGAGCCGAAUCUCCGUGAAGGGUUGAAAAGCGGGGAACGAGCAUUGCUGGAGUUCAAGCAGUGUCAAACAGAUCUUGAGGCAGCAGAAAUGCGUUGCAUUGCUGCUGAUGAGAUGAUAAGAAAGCAUUUGAAGAGUUUGACAUAUAGACUCAACGAUAUUAAAUGCGGGUUAGUAAUUCAAUUUGCGGGUGGAGGUCAUGGUCAUUACAUUGAACGCGGGCAUUCAAACUUUUCACAAAGAUCCAUCUCACACCAAAGUCUCAGCUUAUUAUUAUCUCCGAGUUUCAAGAUGCUCCCAAAAAGAACUGCCUGCGAAAUGACGGGAAGCUCUGGAAAGGCCGAAGAUGGUCCACUCAAGAGAAUGAAAGAGAUUCUCAAAGAGAAUGUAGACAAAGUCACCUUUAGCAACAGAGAAACCAGCCAGUUUGAGUGUCUCGUCUUGGUGAAUAAGAAAGACAUCGAAUCUCAUAGAUCCAAUAUUAAGAGAUGGGAAAAAUACAUCCAGGAUUCUGAAAAAUUGAUACGAGAGCUCGAGGAAACAAAUAGAGAGUACAAGGAAGAUAUCGAGAAGAAUAGACAAGAAACUGUGAAGUUGGAGCAAGAAGAGGAAGUGAUUCUGGCAAUUCAAAAGCAAGAGAACGCUCGUGAAAAGGCUCUUCAGAAAUUUAUUCAGCGGGACAUAACGAGGUUUCUAGAAGGAGAAUUAAAGAAGGUAGGCUUAUCGCUAGAGAAGGAGAGCGAGGGAGGUCAGGAUGAGAAGAUUGCGGGCGAUGGAGAGAAGAAGAUGGUCAAAAAUGAGAUUUAG